AUGGCUUCGAGAGCGAGAGAUCUGGAGAAAUCUCUCGCCGAGCCGUGGCCCGCCCAUCGAUGCGCGUCCUCGCUCGACGACGCUUUAGUGUGCGAGUUGAAAAGUCGUUUCGCGAUCAUGACCCCGUUGGCGAGGAGAGGGGCGCUGUACGCGAGCGUGUUGGCGCCGAAACGAGCGGGCGCGAACGCGCGCGUGUUGGCGCUCAGAGAGGUCGCGAUCGAGGAUUCCGAUGAAUGGGCGCGUCACACGGCGAUGGCGAUCGAUGGGAAGGGUGAACGUUUUGACGUAGAUCGCUUGCGUAUCGAGGUCAAGGCGGUCGACGUUGUGGUGAGGUCGAUUCGAGAGGCGAUAGCGAACGCGAACGCGAGCGGUUCAGUGGUGAAGAUGACGUCCAAGGCGGAGAUGUACCUGGCACCGAAGAGUGGUUCGAGCGAGACGCACGGACACUUCACGCUUCGAGAGCGCAGGGCACCGAAGAAGCGACCGAUUUCUUCGGGACGCCCAACUCCGAUGGCGAACGUGUCGACGAUCAACCGCGCGGCAAAGCAGGAGGCUUCGAUGUUCGCUCCGACGCGAAAACCUAUGAGCGGAGGUGCAUCCUUCUUGAGAGACACUAGUCGCGCGGGCAGUUUUGGCGCUCGAGCGAGAGCCGGUGCCGAUCGUCCGGGAGCGAAAACGAUGGUUAUCGAUGUUGCAGAGGCUGCCGCGUUGGGAGUGUCUGCAUCGGCGGACCCGCUCCGAAUGCAAGCUCAGGAGGAGCGCGAGCGUAAACGUCAACGCGAAAAGGAAGCAAAAGAGGAGCGCAUCAAGCGCUUGAUGGAAGAACGGGAGGCGAGGAAACAGGAGGAAUUGAGUCGGAAGCGACAGCGCGAUGAAGAAAUUUUGGAAAAGAAGAAGGCAUACCGAGCAGAAAUCGAGGCGAAGCGAGCAAAGCAACGCAUCGACGAAGCACAAAAGGACACCAUCCACACGCCGUCGCCGACUGACGACGCUCCGAGCAGAAACUGGUCUUAA